GGCGUGCGGUGGCGCGGUGGAGGCGGGGACUACUCGACGGUGGACCAUGUGGUGUCGGAGAGGAGUGCGUGGAGUUGCGGGCUCGGUCGGUCCCUCCUCCGCGCAGUUGGGCUUGGGCUGCACUGAGCGGUGGCGAUGAAUUUAACUGGGCUAAUUUGCUGCAUAGAAAUUUCAAAUGGUCCAGACCGAGCAUUUCAUCCCGCAUGGGCUUGCCCUCACUCUGCUCGAACGGCUCAGGGCCGUGGGCCGUCUCGCCGUUAUCCUCCAGAAGCUUCUACGAGUUCGUCCCGGCCGCGGUCCCAACCCGACGAGAGAGGGGGAAGAGUGAAGAAGAGUCACACGAAUCGGGAUAGAGCGCCGCCCCCAACCCGACCCGCCCCGUUCCGGCGACGAGGACCCCGUUCCGGCGCCGCCACAGCGCCUAACCGAGAGAAAGGCGAGGAGGGAGGAAGCAUGACGACGAUCCGGCGGUUCUGCUGCGACGACCUACUCCGCUUCGCCUCCGUCAACCUCGACCACCUCACCGAGACGUUCAACAUGUCGUUCUACAUGACGUACCUGGCGCGCUGGCCCGACUAUUUCCACGCCGCCGUCAGCCCUGGCGGCCGCGUCAUGGGUUACAUCAUGGGUAAAGUUGAAGGGCAAGGUGAGUCUUGGCAUGGACAUGUCACGGCAGUGUCUGUUGCCUCAGAAUUUCGGAGGCAGAAAUUAGCCAAGAAGCUCAUGAACUUGCUGGAAGAAAUCAGCGAUAAAAUGGAUAAAGCCUACUUUGUGGAUCUCUUUGUAAGGGCAUCUAACAUGCCAGCGAUAAGGAUGUAUGAAAAGCUUGGUUAUGUGGUUUAUCGGAGGGUGCUUCGAUACUACUCAGGGGAAGAAGAUGGCCUUGAUAUGAGAAAAGCAUUAUCACAAGAUGUUGAGAAGAAGUCCAUCAUACCACUCAAGAGGCCAAUCACACCUGAUGAACUUGAAUAUGAUUGAUAUUAAAAGUCUAGAAAGUACAGUGUGAUGUUUGUUGCUACCUGAACAGCAUGAAUGGGGAAUUUAACAAGCUUUGAAUCUGGUCUAGUGGUAUCACUGAGUAGGGAUUACUUGUACUGUUGUGUUUUUCACACCAGUUUGGCCCCAUGGGGUUUUCAAGGUGAAUUCAAUGGCAUUCAGUGUUUGAAUAGCGAGAACUGAUAACUGUGAUGGAACGGAAUCAGACUGCUUUGUUUUGAAGUCACACCAGCCAAACCAUUCUUA